CUCCACCAGUACUGGAAUCAUAAUGAAUGCAUCCAACGAUUCACCACCGGAGGCCGACAUGGACGCCUGUUUCUCCGACCAGCGGCAACAUGACCAACCAAACUUACCCUUGCUACUCCGACCAUCCUACUCCAGAUCAAAAUCUUCACUCCUUGACGAGCUCCGCACCUUCCGGGUAAGCCUCAAAUGGUGCGCACUGGACCACUCCUCCUGUAUUGGUAAAUUCAUCUCAUAUUUCAUGUUCGUCUUCUUCACCAUUGUAGUUCCCAUCACAAGCUCCCUCUCCGUUAAACUCUCCCCCUCUUUCUCUUCCUUCAACCUCCUCGUUCAAUUCCCGGAAUCGGGCUUAGCUCUGUUAGGAUUCUUCACACUCUGCCGCUUCUUCAGAAAAUACGAGUUGAGGCAACUCCUGUUUCUCGACGGAUUACAGGACGAUUCCACUUUUGUCUGCCGCGGGUACACCCUAGAACUCGAUAAGGUCUUCCGUUACCUGACAUUCAUACUUCUCCCAUCAUUUUUAGUUGAGCUUGCUCACAAGAUAAUCUUUUUCUCCUCCGUGAAAAUAAGAUUGCCUUAUAUCAACCCCAGCGUGCCCCUGAAUGCAAUCAUGUUCUUUUUGGUACUAGGAUCAUGGGUUUACAGAACAUGGGUGUUUCUCUUAGUGUGCAUACUGUUCCGAUUGACAUGUGAGCUGCAGAUUCUGAGGUUCCAGGGACUGCAUAAGAUGUUCGAAGGAUGUGGGUCUGAUGCAGGGGAGAUAUUUCAGGAGCAUAAGAGGAUCAGGAAGCAGUUGUCCAUUACAAGUCAUAGGUACCGGUUCUUUAUCAUUGCAUCUAUGGUGGUGAUUACAGUGAGUCAAUUUGCGGCAUUGUUGCUCGUUCUGGCUUCAAAAUCGAAGAAGAGUUUCUUGAAUUCGGGUGACCUGGUGGUGUGUUCAGCGGUGGAAGUCAGCGGAUUCUUCCUCUGCUUGCUGGGUGCUGCGAGAAUCACACACAGAGCUCAAGGGAUGGCCGCCGUGGCAAGCAGAUGGCACAUGAGCGUCACAGCUGCAGGAACAAGGCAGGAGAAAGUUCGUCACCGGGAUGCCGCUGAUGAUGCCAACAUGCUGUCAUCUUAUAAAGGCGACAACAGCGACUCAGAUUUAUCGGAUAUAUUCAUCACAAUUGCCUCAUCACAAGAUCCAUCCUACUUCCAAACUAGACAUGCUUUAGUGUCAUAUUUGCAACACAACAGCGGGGGAAUCACACUUUUUGGAUUUGCUCUCGAUCGAGGACUGCUUCACACACUCUUUGCAUUUGAGUUCUCAUUAAUGAUGUGGGUUGUAAGUAAGGUGGUGGUUUUGUCUUAAUUAGCCCAUAUCCCUAUUCCCUCAAUAUAUAACACCAAUUUUUUUGGUGUUAGCACAAGUACCCUCAUCAAUUUGAAGUUGCUACUUAUCUGCAGACUAAAAAAAAAAAAAGGAAAUUGCUAUUUAGAUGUGUAAUAACAGAUUUAUGUUGCUCCUAAUGGAACUACAUAGUAAUUUUCAUGAUUGAAGCGUGAUGUAAUUUAUCAAUGAAUCAAUUAUCAUAAUCUUAGUGUAUCUUGAAUGCAAAUUAUACUUCUUGAUCAAUGUUUUACUUCAUUUUCUUUUCUUUGCUUGUAUAUAUCAAAAUAGAUCAUACAAUAAAAAGAUAGUCUUCGU